AUGAGGCGCCAUGGCUGGCAGCUCCCUCUUCAUCCUCUACAGGUAUUCCCUCCAUCCCUCUUCUGUACGCCUCUGAUUCCCCUCUUUAGGAUCGAUUUCUCCGUUCUUCUCUUUAUCGAGCAUGCCAUUGGUUCUUCUUGUAGAUGGUGGGGAUCUCGGUCUUCGCCUUCCUUGUGGCGACAUUCUACGCGUUCCUCGAGCCUUUCAUCGGAAACAGGGUGGCAGAAAAUACCUUAAUCGCGCUCUUCUCUUUCACGGUAGGGCGGCCGUGUCCCUUCUCCCCUCCCUCGGGGCCCCUUGUGAGCACAGAAUUACGUAGGGUCAUUCCCCCUCUCCUCGCAGGCGUUCUCGGUGGCGGUGUUGUUCGUGAGGUGUACUGGAAUCGAUCCGUCGGACAGGACUGGGAUUAGGAGGAAGAGAAGGAAGAAGUCCAAGCGAUCGCCGAAGUUGAACUUCGGGCUGAUGGUGAGACAGAUUCUGGCGAGGUUGUCGAGGAGGAUGGAGAAAAAGGCGCUCAGGGUCUUCAUAAGGCGGAACUACUUGGAGCCGGUGAACGGUCGCAUACAGAUGGAGCCGCUUCUGCCUUUCCCUCUCAUCGUGAAGAAUGAUGCGGUGACUCCGGAUCCUAGGGACGAUGACAUCUCAUUCUGCUCACUCUGUGACUCCGAGGUCCUGUUCGGUUCGCCGCCCUCGAUUUGAUAUCCUGUUUACUCUGAGAAUCAUCUCCUUCUUUAGCGACAAUCGUGGUUCCUUGGACCGAAAUUGUUGGCUCGAGCAUCCUCAUCCGCGUCAAAAAAUGAACCUCUUUUGAUCUGGAUCGAUGUCUUACCUCUCAAUCUUCCUCCAGGUUAAGCUGCAGAGCAAACACUGCAGGAGUUGCAACCGCUGCGUCGAUGGAUUUGAUCACCAUUGCAGGGUGAGGAACGGGGAAAAUUUCUGCCUCGGUCAUCUGAUACGAUCUGAAUUAUUCAUUCAAGCGUCAAACGUCUAACCUUUCAUCGCCCAUUGCUGGUGGAUUCAUCAUUUUUCAGUGGCUGAACAACUGCGUUGGGAGGAAGAACUACACCUCCUUCGUCCUCCUCAUGGUUCUGGUCCUCCUCAUGGUCCGUCUUCUCUCUCUCUCUGUUUCCCUCUCUUUAUAUACCAAAACUCGAGAGUUUGCUGAUGCGCUGUGGAAACGAAUACCGCAGCUCCUGGUGGAAGGAGGGACAGCCGCCGCGGUCUUUGUGCGCUGCUUCGCAGACAGGAAGGGGAUGGCUGAAGAGCUACGGCAUAAACUCCAUGUCCGGCUCCCCAGGGGCGUCCUGGCCGCCAUCGCAGUACUUCUCGAUGCUCUGAGGACCCUCGUGACCUAAUCCGCUUAGGAAUUCUCAACCGGAAACUUACCAAAUUCCGAUGAAUCGCAGGCAUUCCUGGUUCUCGCGACGGCGUAUGCGACGGCGGCGCUGGGGCAGUUGUUCUUCUUCCACGUUGUUCUCAUCAGAAAGGUGCUGUUUUUGGCUUGUAUUCGAUAAGAGUUCAUGAUGGAGACAGAAAGUCAAACUCAAAGUUCUUUAUCUGGAAGUCAAUGAUUCUGAAACGUCACUAGUGUUGUCUGAUUAUCGCUUGAUGCUCAGAUUUUACCCUAACGGAUGCAGGGAAUGAGAACGUACGACUACAUACUGGCAAUGAGGCAGCAAACUCAACUUGCGGACCCAUUUGACGACCUCGAUUCCUCUGACGACGACGACGAUGACGAUAGCGUUGACUUCGACACGGCGGACAGGCCUUCCCUGGCGUCUCGAUGUCUGUGCGAUGAGCGCAAGCCCAAACAGGUCAGUCAGGCUCUCUUCUCGUACCCGUUUCCUCCACUGAAUCCUGUCAACCAUAACCCAGAGAAACGGUGCUGCCCGUUCCAGCAGGAGUCAACGAUGACGGCCAUCAGAGUAGAUGGAAGACCCAACCCAGAGAAGACCUCCGAUUUCAGCAUUGACCCAUGGAAACUCAUAAAGAUGAGUAGGGACAAGGCACUGGCCGCCGCCGACAAAGCAAGAGAGAGAAUGAAGAGAGAGAAGCCACUGGAGACCGCCCCGUCCCCGCCAAAGCCGCUGCCGUCGGAGAUGAAGAAGGGCCCCUCGCUGAGCCUAGAGAGAAGCAGAGCCAUGGCCCUCACGGAGGUCCCCGCCGUCAUCCCCAAGCCUUGCUGGAUGCCUGGUUCUCCCGGCGGCAGGUUCUUGAGCCCGAGGAGGAGGUUCUCCGGAUCCCCCUCCCAGAAGCAGCAAAGGUACCGCAGCAACUUCGACCUGAAGCUCUCGGAGAUAUCCAGCGAACUCGAGACAUACAUCUCCCGGCAGGUCGUCUGCUCCGUCCUCAGGCGGAGCGAGGAAGACGGCGCUGCCACCUCCCCCGCCGGCGGCCAUUGA